GUCAUCAUGUGAUCUCCCCAGAGCCUUGUUAGAAUGCUGAGAGCCACAGCGUGGGAAUCAGAGACUAAGCAUUCUGCGCUCUGCACGGCUGUUAUACUGAUGUACGAAGAGAACUGAUUUUGAUUCUUGCAGCCAAGCUUAAUGCAUCUUUAAAAAGCUACCUGGACCAUUUAAGCAUCUCGGAUGCAAGAUGCUGAAUUUAGGAAAAAGACUCAUUGUCACUCUGCUUUUGACAUGUGCUGGGAUUCUGCAGGGGGGUCAUUUAAGCUUUGCAGAAUGGUGCUACAAUGACCUUAUCUCCCCUCUGUAUUUCACAUCCUUUGAUGCUUCGUCAAGAUACUCUAUACUUUAUAGCGCUAAUUUUGCACGUCUUUAUGGUAGCAGUGGGUGGUCUCCCGCUCCAGGUGAUAAGCAGCCGUGGCUUCAAAUAGAUUUAAAGCAGAAAUAUAAAAUAAUGGGAGUGGCCACUCAAGGGACCUAUAGUACCUAUUAUGAUUGGGUGACUAAGUACAUCAUGCUGUAUGGAGAUCGACCGGACAGCUGGAAGCCUUUCUUCCAGCAAGGAAGUAAUUGGACCUUUUUCGGUAAUGUAAAUACAUCAGGGGUGAUGGAACAUCGCCUCUACUACCCCAUAAAAGCUCGUUAUGUCAGAUUUAUACCAGUGGCAUGGAACCCAAGGGGGAAGAUUGGGCUUCGAGUAGGCUUAUUUGGCUGUCCCUACAGUCAUGAUGUUCUGUCUUUUGAUGGGGAUGACUUGAUUGCUUAUCAAUUUAAAGGGAAGACAAGCCGUACCCUGAAAGAUGACAUAUCAUUUAAUUUCAAGACUCUUGAGAGAGACGGAGUGCUGAUGCACGCAGAGGGCUCUCAAGGAGACUACAUCACAUUAGAGUUGCAAAAAACACGUCUGAUCUUCCAGAUGAGUCUUGGACACAGUCCUCUUCACCCAGUGGACAGCCAUACAUAUACCACGUUAGGGAGCUUACUGGAUGACCAGCAUUGGCAUUCUAUACGCAUUGAGCGUUAUGGUCGUGACCUUAAUAUAACCCUGGAUGGGGAAAUACAACGUAUUCGCUGCAAGGGGGAUUUUGACCAGCUGGAUCUGGACACAGAGAUAUUCUUUGCAGGAAUCAUUUACCAAGAGAAGAGUAUCACCCAUAAGCAAAACUUUCGGGGAUGCCUGGAGAACAUUCAUUUUAAUGGAAUAAAUAUAGCUGACCUAGCAAGAAGAAAAAAGUCAUCCGUAAAAUUUGUGGGCAAAGUUCGGUUCUCCUGUAUUGAGAUGCCUUAUGUUCCUGUAAGCUUUGCUGGUACCAACAAUUACCUUAUGAUACCAGGAGUCCCUGCCAAUUUAAAGAUGGUCGUAAGCUUCAGUUUUCGAACAUGGGACAUGGUUGGACUACUACUAUACACAAGCUUUGCUGGAUCCAUGGGUUCACUGGAAAUGGCUCUGAGUGAGGGUCAAAUCAACGUGUCCAUCUCCCAACCAAACACAAAAAAACUUAUGUUUGCAGCAGGAUAUCGAUUAAAUGAUGGCUUCUGGCACUCAGUCUACCUCAUGGCUCAGGAUAACUCUGCUGUUGUUGUCAUUGAUGAGGAUGAAGGAGCGGCAUUCAAGAUUGAGUAUAAAUUUCAGCUUCGCACUGGAGAUGCAUACUACUUUGGGGGUUGUCCGAAGCCAGCUGCAGGAUCCGGCUGCUACUCAAAUCAGACUGCAUUUCAUGGUUGCAUGCAGAUGAUCAGUGUGGACAGACAGCCUGUGGACUUUCAUAGAAUGCAAUUAGGGUGGCUGGGAAGAUUCUCUGAGGUCAUGUUCAAUGUAUGCUCUAUCGCUGACAGGUGUAGACCCAAUCCCUGUGAGCAUGGGGGACGCUGUUACCAGUCCUGGGAUGACUUCUUCUGCAUCUGUGAUAUGACAGGUUACAAAGGAGAGACAUGUCACAAAUCACUAUUCAAGGAAAACUGUGAUGCAUAUAGAGUCAGUGGAAAAUACUCUGGGAAUUACACAUUGGAUCCAGAUGGCAGUGGCCCCUUGAAACCAUUCAAUGUCUACUGUGAUAUCUCGGAAGAGAGAGCUUGGACUAUAGUGCAGCAUGACCGAUAUUAUUCAACAAAGGUCUUAGGUUCGAGUCCCAAUGAGCCAUUUCUUGGAGAGCUUCAUUAUUGGAACGCAUCAUGGGCAGAAGUUUCUUCACUGGCUAAUGGAUCCGAAUAUUGCGAGCAGAGGAUAGAAUUCUCGUGCUUCAAAUCCAGACUUCUCAAUACCCCUGCUGGACUUCCCUUUAGCUUCUGGAUGGGACGCAACAAUGAGAGACAUUUUUACUGGGGUGGCUCAGGCCCAGGAAUACAGAGAUGUGCCUGUGGUCUAGAAAAAAACUGCGCUGACCCAAGAUAUUUCUGCAACUGUGAUGCUGAUCAUUCCCAGUGGAGAUAUGACAAGGGGCUACUAAACUUUCGUGACCACUUGCCAGUAACACGGGUCGUUGUAGGUGACACCAACCGCACAGAUUCUGAGGCACGUUUUUUUGUUGGACCUUUACGUUGCUAUGGAGACAGGAACACCUGGAAUACUGUGACAUUUACAAAACCAGUAAGCCUGAUCUUCCCAACCUUCAAACCGGGGACCAGCAUUGACAUUUCCUUCUACUUUAAGACAACGUCUCACUCAGGCACCUUCCUUGAAAACACAGGAAACAGGUGUCGAAACUUUAUUAGGAUUGAGCUCAACACUACCACUGAUUUGGCAUUUAUUUAUGACGUGGGCAAUGGUCAUGAAAAUCUGACACUAAAAUCACCAUUUCCACUGAAUGAUGAUGAAUGGCAUCUAGUUAAGGCUGAGAUUAACGUCAAACUGGCCCGGCUCAAGGUUGACAUCCUACCAUGGGAAAUCCGAAACUACCCUCAUCAGAGCUACAUCAAUAUCACAUAUGAUCGGCCUCUUUAUGUAGGUUCUGCAGAAUACAGAUUCAAGCCAUAUAUUGGUUGUCUUCGUGGGCUCAGGAUGAACGGAUUUACCUUGGAUUUGGAAGGCAAAGCCAAUGAGACUUUAGGUGUGAAAACAAACUGCACAGGAUUCUGCUACAAUCCAAGGAUAGAAUGUCAGAACAGGGGCCGCUGUGUAGAGAGGUACAGCCACUACACCUGUGAUUGCAAUGGAACAGGUUUUGAGGGGCCAUUCUGCACCAGAGCUAUUGGUGCAUAUUUUGAAGCUGGAACAUGGCUGCGUCAUAAUAUUUUGUCAGCUGGUAUGGUGGCUGCCCGGGAAUUCGCCAGUAUUACCAGACUUGCUACUCUUCCACUCUUUGUGAGCAACUUGACCCGAGAGGAGAUUUCAUUCAGCUUUAGCACUACCGUCGCUCCCGCUGUUCUAAUUUACAUUAGUUCCUUUGCUUCGGAUUAUGUAGCUGUCCUCCUCAGGCCUGAAGGGACUUUACAGUUGAACUAUCAGCUCGGUAAGAGCCCUUAUAUUUACCAACUAAGCAAGAAGAAUAUGACUGAUGGGAAUCCUCAUAAGGUCAACAUCACCAGAGACUAUCGUAACCUUUAUACACAGGUGGACUAUUACCCCAUGGUGGAGUCACAGUUUUACUUGUGGGAGGAUCGAAGAUUUGAUUCCCCAAAAGCUCUAUAUCUGGGAAGGGUAAUGGAAACAGGAGUAAUAGAUUCAGAGGUGCAAAAAUUUAACACACCUGGAUUCAGGGGAUGCCUGUCAGAUGUGCGCUUUAAUAACAUUACUCCUAUAAGAGACAUCUUCAGAACCCCUGACUAUGCAGCUGUCAUUACUAUGAAGGGAUCGCUAGUAGAGUCUAACUGUGGCGCCAUGCCCAGUCAAAUUAUUCCCUUACCUCCAGAUAUGGAUCCCUGGUACAUGGGAACAGCUUUGCCUUAUAUUCAUGAUGAUGGCCUGGCUGGAAUAAUUGCAUUCAUUGUGAUCUUCCUCUUUCUACUUGCCAUUGCUUGCCUGUUUCUGGUGUAUCACUAUUUCCAUCGGUAUAAAGGUUCAUACCUUACCAAUGAGCCAAAAGCCAUAGAUGCCCCUAGUGGAACCAAAUCUGCCUCUGCAAGAAAAGAACAGACUCUUCCACAAAUCGAGGAAGAAGGCGCAAAAACAGAAUAGACCUAGCUUUCACAGCAAAAAAACUGAAUCCAGGAAACAGCAGCCAUCAGAUUAUGGAAUGUUCUGGGAAUUGUUGCCUAUAGUACCUUCAGUUAUAUUAGUGUAAGUCAACCAACUGUUAAUUAAUGUAAGGAAAGAAAUGAAGACAAAAAAAGAAACUGCAUCCAACUCCCAAUCAUUUGGAAAAUAAAAUGUCAGAUGUUGGAGAGAGUAUACUAUACAUAUUUCAGAUUUUAUCCAGUCUCCAUGUUCUACUGCUAUUUACACAUAUAAUGUAAUAAGAUAAACUUACCUUUAACUUUUUGUCCAUGUGUUCAAACACGUUCCACAACAUCAACACACAGUGUGGCUUACGCAGUGUUCUAAGACACAGAGGCAAUAAGCUUAAAACGUGACUUGUGAGGUGUUGGUGAGAAAUAGUUUUAGUAAAGUAUCAAAUUUUAUAAUAGGGGCAAUUAAAAACAUAUUUUUGUUCCUAUUUAAAACAUACUGACACACGGCCAUAGCCAGAGAACAUUAACUUUUGAAGUCUUUUCUAAACCACGUCAAGAACUUUAAUUGUUGCAGUAUAUGAUGGUUUUCAUCAAUUACUCCUUAGAGGCAAUUAUUUCAUUUAAUAAACAAACAGUAAGGAUAA